AUGGGGGGCACGGAAGUUCCGACGGUCUUAACCGAACAGCUUGCAAUGCGACUUGUGUGUCACGUUCCAGUGGAUUCUUUUCCUCUCCCUCCUCCCCCCUCUGUGUGUGUGCCCUCUGAUGGUGAUUCACGUAAUCGGUAUUCCGAGCACCCCAUCAGGCUACCCUGUUGCCCGACACUCAGCAGCGGAGCCAGUCUCAAGCCCAAGGCAUGUCGAAUCACCAGCCCUUCCCACGCAUGCUGCAUAGAAAUGACCGCGCACUGCGAUGAGGUCUACCGCGCGGCUGCCAAGAUGGCAAAAGCGUCGCAGCACACACAGUCGCGGAUCAGCGCAGCCGUGGAGGCGCAACGGCAAAGCACAGCUCUUCACCAACUGGACAGCCGUGCAGAGUUUUUUCCCAGCGAUGAAGCAUGCCUGGCCGACUCUCUCAGGAACGCAUUCCGACGGCGUGUUUGCCGACCUUCUACAGCUGCCUCACCUCCGCUACAACUUCUCGAGCACCAGCGGGAGGGCGUGCGCUGGCUACUGGCCCUCCACGAGCUCGGCCUGCACGGCAUCCUGGCCGAUGAAAUGGGCCUCGGCAAGACAGUUCAAGUGGCCGCCUUCCUUGCCGCCCUCGCGAAGGUUGGGGUGCUUGGCACAUUCCUCAUUGUUGCCCCUCUCUCCACAAUGGAGAACUGGAAGAAGGAGCUGCUGCGCUGGGUGCCGUGGAUGCACGUCACCGAGUUCCGCGGCACACACAAGGUGCGUGCAACGCUACGAUCGCGACUGCGAAACAGACACCGCCGUGCCUUUGAGCGGCAGGAAACUCUGCGUGCACAGUGGGCACAGGGUGUGCCGGUGAACGUGCUGGCAAAGACUGUCGGUGGCGUCGUGCUCGCGAGUUACGAAUCUGUCAUGAUGGACCGGGGCGCGCUUGCCCGCCUUCUCCACUGGGAUAUCACCAUCGUGGACGAGGCGCACCGCUUGAAGAAGCUUCACUGCAAACUCCUGCAGACUCUCCAGAAAGCUGCGUGUCCUAUGCGCCUGAUCCUCACGGGCACCCCUUUGCAGAAUGACUUGACGGAGCUGUGGACGCUACUAGAGUAUGUCGGGCCACAGAUGUUCAGCCACGACGAUGCCGAUCAGCGGUGUCUGCGCGAAGCAGUGGCGGCACUCUCGCGUGGAUGUGGUUGGCGAGUCGAUGCGAAGAAAGAGGAGCAGCGCGGUGAUGGUUUAGGUGGCAACAAGCCGACGAAAAGGCCUACGGCAGCGGCCACCCGAUCCCCACAUGCGCCUCAAGCGAAUACCGACGCCAACGCCGGCGAAGAGCAAGGUUUACUCCUCGCGUGCCUCAAAACAGCGCUGCAGCCAUUUGUGCUACGCCGCAUCAAGGCCACUGUCGGCAUCAAGCUGCCGCCCAAGUACGACCUCGUUCUUCCCACCCCGCUCACACCGAAGCAGCAAGUGUACUACGCCCGAGUUCAGUCGGAAGAGCGCUAUAGCAACAGCCAUCUCACACACCUCCGCAAGUGCUGCAUUCAUCCGUUUCUCAUCCGUGACUUCUAUGCAGAUAGCUGUGAACGGUGGCGCACACCACACCCACCGUCCUCAGCGCGCGAGCGACUCGAGUGCAUGGUGAAGGCGUCAGGAAAGCUGAAACUGCUUGACGCCAUGCUGCCGGAACUGCGCCGCCAUGGCCAUCGUGUCCUCCUGUUCUCUCAGAUGACAAGGGCGCUAGAUCUCGUCGAGGAGUACCUAUCCUUGAAGAAUGCAGUCCUUGAAGAGGCCCUCCUUGGAGACGAUGAGACGGAAACAGUGAUGAAAGGGGAUAGAUGCUGCGAAAGCGGUUCGUUCAAGGACGGCACGAGUCGCAAGCGGCUUGAAACGAUGCUGUCUCAGAUGUUGGUGUACACGCGCUUGGACGGGAGCAGCUCUGCAGAGGCCCGCAGCGAGGCUAUUCGUCACUUUCAAGGGCCGCCCAGCUCUUCCCACAAACCGGACACUGGUGAGGAAAAUGGGAGCGCGCCGUUUUCGCGGAAUGCUGCAGCUGGCGGUGAUUCUGUAGAGGUGUUUCUUGAACACGGCAGGCAGGCGGAGAAGCCCCCCGCCCCUGCCGACCGUGCUCUUCCACUUGAAAAGUGCAGCCGGCGGCGUCCAAGGAGGGAGCUCCGCAGUCGAGGCAUUGAAGAGGAUGACGAAGUCUUCGAGGAACCGUUGUUGUCUGCCCGCGCGAGCACCCCUGCCGGGGCUCUGGCGGAGAUUAGCGUGAAGGAGACACGGCCUCUCGCAUUCAAGGCGACGGGUCGUGUAAAGGCAUGCUAUGCCCAUCUGGUGACGCGGAAGAGACUGGCGAGUGCUGGAAGGGACAGCCUCCCAACCCACAACUCUUCCAUCGCAGCCAGCAAGUGUCAAGCAGACGCUGUUUCAUCGCCAUCAGACCUCUCCUUCACCUCAGCUGCCACCAACGCUCCACACGCAGCGCAGUCUGGGGUGUUUCUGUUUCUCAUCAGCACCCGCGCAGGUGGCACCGGCCUCAACCUCACCGGUGCCGACACCGUUAUCCUGCUGGACGGCGAUUUCAAUCCCCACAACGACUUGCAGGCGGUGGAUCGGUGCCACAGAAUCGGCCAACAGAACCCCGUCGCCGUCUACCGAUUGGUCAGCCCCCACACCGUGGAAGAUGAACGGCACAGCAGGAUUGUGGAUGGGAAACUGAAGCUAGAGCACUUGGUGCUCGGGGGUGAUGCUGCAGGGUGCAUAUCGCCGAGGUGCUGCACUACGAGUGGUGACGUGGACGCUCGGCCACCACCGACCCCGGCCGCGGAUGUCCUUCGAUGUGCGGCGGCAGCAGUAUGUGCCGAGCCUCCGAAAAAGAGGGCGAGAGCUGAUUCAGCAGUGUCCUCAUCCAAGAGCCAGGCACUGACCACCGACGAACUCCGCCUGCUUCUUGAUCGUGCGUGGCUGCAACACGUGAUGCCGCACAGGAGCGUGUAG